AUGGCGGGCAUCAAAGACUCACAGCAUUAUGAUGCAAUUCGCAUCAACUCGAACGAUACCGCGUUGUGUAUCAUUGCACCAGACACAGCAUGCGGAAAUGUUGACCGACUCCGCGAACUAUACGACAAGGCCUACGGGAAGUGGCCAGCACACAUCAACCUCGUAUACCCAUUCGUUGCACCGGAGAAUCUUCCACGAGCACAAGAGCAACUGAAAACAUACUUUGACGAACAUCUCGACACAAGCAAAUCACGCACGACGAUACUCUCGGACGCAGGUAUCUUCAAGCAUCGCAACAAUAGCACCGUGUUCCUCCAGGAGAGUCAAUCCCAAUCAGAUUCGUCUCUGGCUUCGCUCCGUUCAAUGGCGUUGCAGGCUCUUGGCCAAAAGCCCGCGCCCAGCAACUUACAUCUCACCAUUGGACAGACCGAAAACAACACGCUCUUCUCACAACAAUUCUUGCUAAGUAAGGCUCGACUUCUUCCCAAGCUACAAUUUCGGAUCGGAGCGCUUGCUAUACUCGUUCGCGAUCGUUCGGGUCCUGACGAUUGUAUGAAGUUAUGGGGCGUGAUUGAUGUAGCUCGCCCGGAAGAGGCCUGGAGGCCUUCUACACCAGAGCACUGGAUUGGGCAAUUUCCCACGGUGGCCACCGACUUGCAUGUUGGAGAUAACGAAGGAGGAGAAGCUGUUGUCAAGAACAUCUCAACCGCCAACCGUAACCUACAGUCGGGGCCAAUAUACUGCUUUGAUCCACACCAAAACGCUUGGUCAGUGUGCGAGAACACCAGCAAAAACGGCACAGAUGCGAGCAACUUGAAGAUUUCGAGUUACAACGUGCUCAUUGACUCCGAGUACCCUCCAACGCACGAGCGUGAUCCAUUUCUCAUAUCGACGAUCCUCUCCGAAUCCGCCGCGGCGGAUGUCCUAGUGCUCCAAGAGGUCUCCGACGACUUCCUGUCGUACAUUUUGAGUAAUCCAGAUAUCCAGGAACGCUACCAAUACGUCUCGCAUGGCCCACCAAGUCAGUCAGAUAUUGGUCCACUUCCUAAUUUGCGCAACGUCGUCAUUUUAAGUCGCUGGUGCUUCAGCUGGAAGUUUGUAUCUUUCCAGCAAAAGUAUAAAGGGGCGUUAGUCGCUAAAUUCGGAGGACUCAUCUCGAAUGAAACGUGCAGCCAGCAGGGUCUGGUGGUUGCUGGCGUUCAUUUGACUGCGGGUCUGACCGAUAGUUCAGUAGCAGCGAAGAAUCAACAGCUCCAGGCUCUGAGAGACUAUCUCGUGGAUCAACACGACGCGGACGCUUGGGUCAUCGCAGGAGACUUCAACAUACCCACCUCGACAUACACUAUCGAUACUGCCUUGAAGGACGGAAGCAUUUCGAAAGAAACUGUUGCAACGCUUUCCUCGAUAGAGACAGAAUUCAGUGAUGCUGGAUUGAUCGAUACCUGGGCAGUCGCUCGCGUUGAAGCAACUGACGAAGUGGUAUCCAGCACCUAUGACGAACUAUUUGAUGGUGAGGAGGGUGCUACGUUCGACCCAAGGAACAACAUUCUCGCAGCAGCUACGUCUGAGACUUCUAUUGGACGACCACAGAGAUAUGACAGGAUCCUUGCACGAUUCCAGGACAAUUUCAGAGUCUCGCGAUGCAACCACUUUGGACUGCCCUCUGAAGUCGACGGCUCACAAGUGGUUCCCAGCGACCACGCAGGUAUCAGGUCUACCUUGGAGUUUCUCAAGCCUUCGACCGCAACCGAGGGGCAAUCUCUUGAGCAAGAGAAUCGAAUGAAAAUAGCACUCAAGCGAGCGGGCCCAUGUCUAUCUCAGUCUGCUGAACUCGAUUCGGUCCUCGCUUCCGGAGGCAUGUUCCCCUCGGAAGAGGAAGUACAACAACGCAAGGACGCUCUAGAGAUUCUCAAACGGGUUGUUUAUGGUACUUCUAGCGAUGAUGUGACAUCAACGUCUGAUGUGCCAAUGAUUAUCGUUCCAGUCGGUUCAUAUGCUCUCGGCGUGUGGACAUCCGGAUCUGAUAUUGACUGUCUUUGCAUCGGCACCAUCAGCUCAAAGACUUUCUUCAAGCUCGCUCGACAAAGGCUCGUCAAGGCGCACGACCAGGGUGUGCGCGUUCUGAGAAAGGUUGAGGCAAACACUGGUACCAUGUUGGAACUAUGGUCUGAGUUUGCAGGUCUUCCAGCAUCAGAUCCUAUUUUCAACCUCUCCAUUCUUUCGCUGCGCAAGCUCAAGCCUUACCGGGAUCUGCUCUACAUCCAAAGGACCCUUCCAUCUCUCUCUGCGUUCCGAUUAGCGUACCGAUGCAUCAAGCUCUGGGCUGUUCGUCGCGGCAUCUAUUCUGCUAAAUUUGGAUAUCUCGGAGGUGUACACAUCACUCUCAUGCUUUCAUGGGCUGCAAAGUGUCUCGCUCACGAUUCUGGCUCCAUCACAGCUCCAGACUUGGUUUCAAGCUUUUUCCAUCAUUUUGCUCACUUUAACUGGACGAAUGAUAUGAUGUACGAUGCCUUCUUUCAUAAGCAGAAGCCCCGCUACCAUCGCAGCGCAAGGGAGCCUAUGGUAGUCUUGGGCUUUCAUGCACCCAACUCGAACAUCGCGCACACAUCCACACUGCCUGGACUACAUACAUUGGUCAGCGAGAUGAAGGCAGCUGAUGAAGCUUUAUCGGAUCCAAGCAUGACCUGGAAGAAAUUCUUCGGGUCGACGGAUAAUUCACCUCAGGCGGCCCUCAGUCCGAUCUCUGGCGCCAGUGACUUCUUGAGCGCCCAUAGCAGUUAUGUCAAGAUUGACAUCCAAUUUUGGGGCCGAACAUUAGCGAAGGGAAAGAGCUUGGUCGGAUGGGUAGAGUCAAGAUGCCUGUCACUCGUUGUCGACAUCUACAAAAUGCUUCCAGACCUUGCUGUACGUAUAUGGCCAGCACGCUUUACCGACAGUGACACGAUCGAAGGCGGUGACUAUCACGGCUGCUACCUCAUUGGACUUUCCAGGCCCUCAAACGAGCACGCCUUAAACACCCAGGAGGACAAAGCUAGUGCAAAGCAAGCUCUGGACAAGAUUCUGGACAGGUUCCUCACACAGCUCAAGACAGACGAGAGGAACUACGAUUCAAGUGUAUGCUGGAUUGAUAUAUCACUCGCCAAAGCCAACGAUGUUAAGAGCUUGCGCCUAGACGACCGCGAAUGGGGCGACUACGUUGCGGAACUAGACCCUGACUCGGAUGACGAGGAGGAAAUCGAAGAGCUCUCGGAUGAUGUCGAGGAGCCACUAAAACGAGCAAUUCCGCAGCGCCCCAAGCCAACCGCAACUCCCCUCUCUUCCUCGAAACUUCGCCCAGCAUCUGACGUCUUGCACCGCUUGCGAUGGGAUCCGAAUCUUGAUCCAGCUGAAUACAUCAUUGGUUAUGAGGAUCGCUUCCUAGGCCCUAGGGAGACGGGACUGGAGAAGUGGAAGACUGAACAGACGGACGACGAAUUCAUCCCGCAGCAUCGGAUCCUGUACUUCAAGAAGAAGGUGGCGAGAGUGGUGAUGGUGAGGUAG